AUGAGUAAUGUUAACCAGCUUCCAAACCCUUCAAAACUGUUCAGAAUGGGUGAUGAUGCAUAUUUUAUUUCAAACGAACAUAAUUCAUUCGGAGUUGCAGAUGGGUUUGGAGUAUUUGAUCCAAGCCAUGGCGACAAUUCAUCGUAUUGGCCAAGAGAAUUCAUGAGUUUAUGCAAAGAACAUUCAGAUUUAAGCACAUCUUAUGAAAUUGCAAAAACAGCUUACGAAAAUUUAGCAAGGAAUAGAUCUGGAUCAACAACAUUCUCAAUUGUUAAAUUAUCACCAGAAAAACUUUACUUCUAUACACUAGGAGAUUCUUCUUGCGCAGUUCUUAGAGAUUAUAAACUUGUAUUUAAAACAAACAACACAGUUCACGACGAAAACUUUCCAUAUCAAAUAGGUACAGUUAACAAUGUUUCCAUUGAAGCAGGUACAAAACAAUGGGUAAUUCCUGAAUUUGAAGACACUAUUAUCUGCGCAACAAAAGGUCUCUGGAAGAAUGUUGGUAAGCAAGAAAUAGAAAGAAUUGCCACCAAAUCUUGGAUGGCAACAGGAAUUCCAUAUCAAUACACAAAAUUAUUAGCAAAGAAUUUAGCUGAUGCAGCUGUUAUUCAUGCAACAUCAGUUAAAUCAAAAGCUUCUGAUUCUGAUGAUUUCAUUCAUGAAAAUCUUCAUGAUACAACAGUUGUUGCUUCAUAUGUUUGCACAAACGAAGACCAAUAA